AGAGCACGUCGUACAAGGAUGUAAGUAAGGCUUCUGUGCUUGCAUCCAUGCAUAAAUAUUUUGGACUCGGUACAUUCUGCCUUGAAUGGAUUUGGUAGGGAUAAGAGAUAUUGACAAAAGUAAUCAAUUUGCUCUGAAAACUGGCUUCCUUUCUGUUCAAUUUCAGUUCAGUAAAUUGAUACCCUAAAGCCUGUCGUGGUUACUUUCCUGGGACUCUGAAAAUAAUUGCCCUGAAUUUGAUCAUUCAGUCAUACCUUCGGUUCAGUGAAUUACUCCCUCCGUCCCAUAAUAUAAGAGCGUUUUUGACACUACACUAGUGUCAAAAACGCUCUUAUAUUAUGGUGUAGUGUCAAAAAUGCUCUUAUAUUAUGGGACGGAGGUAGUAGCUCUGAAAACUGGGAUGUCUCAUCUUAUUUACCUACUUAACUUACCUGGUGCCUUACAAAUCAGAAGCUCAAUGUAGGCUCACCGAAUGAUGAUGAUUAAUUAGCUGAAAUCAGGAGACACCAAAGUGCAACUCUGAAACUGAAACUCUACCCAUUGCUGUAGCUGACAGCAAGAACACAAUGUACGGAAGCACUAUGUUUGAUUUUGUUUCAAAUGCUUCCAUCUCAGUAUGAUUUAUCUGUGUGUUCGCCUUGUGAGAUGGAAGGCAGCCUACACGGAGAUGCGUCCUGGUGCUAAUCCCAAGCUCGCUUUGAUGCCUUCCUCUUGACUUAAUUAGUUAUUUUCAAUGACGCGUGUUGCUUGUGGUGGAAAAACUGGUCACUAUUUUUGCCUUGUUCUGGCUCGAUCUCUGAGAGAGGAGUUUGUGUAGGCUUAUGCCCUGCUAAUCGAGGAUUUUAUUGUGCAUCUCUGUGAGAUUUUAACUUGUAGAAGGAAACACUGAAUUUCUAUCAAGUUAUGUUGCUGCAGAUAUCAUUACCUUAUGUGUUCAAUGUAGAACUCUAACAGAGCGACCUGGAGGAUUCCAGUACAUGUGUAGCUCUUUCCGAUGCAAGACCAGAGAUGCAACUGAAAGAAACUGUAAGUCAUGUAGAGCUUACUCAAAACGAUUCUGCUCACGAGGACAUCGCAAGAGAUUUUCGAGCAGAGAUAAACAAGUUAAAAGAAGUGGAGGCAGCAAAAGCUACUGAAGCAGCACAAACCCUUCAGCAGAGCAUAGAUGAGCUGCAAGUGGUAGACAGAGAGAAGGAUGACGAGAUUGACAGAUUGAGAGCAGAAGCAGUUGAUGCAGAAAACAAGGAGACUAGUCCAAAGAAGAGUCAAAAGCGCAGGAGGAAUACCAGUGAGUUGCAGCUUGAACAGUGCACAGUCUUCGGCUCAUUUUCAUAAUCAAUCGCAGAUGUUGAAGAAGCUCGACGCCUUAAUUAAGAGUGAACACCCUGCCAUUAUGUUCCUUACAGAUGAGAUGAGCCAUUACAAGCAAAGCGACGAGAAAGCAUAACUACGCUAGUUCUCCAUCACACACAGUAUGAAGUGAUGCUCCAUAUUGAGGACUGUUUUAUGCCCGCAGACGCAGCAAGAAAUGGUGUGCAUGGAAUCGGCAGUUUCUGAGAAAUUGCACAUCCAUGGUUUUGCGCAUUCGUCAAAGUUGAAUAAGCAAAUUGCCCAAAUGAGUGAGUAGUAUAUAUGCUGACGCCCCCGCAAAAAAAAGUAUAUAUGCUGACGGUUCGGAACUCGCCAUUGUCCUCUGGACCUGGAGUGUGUGCGUUGGCGGAAACAUCUUACCCGAUCUAGGGCGACGUGCUGCAUGUUAAAUAGGCAGGGUGCGAGCUUGAGAUACGCGUACAAGAGUUGGUUGAGAUACAACUUGAUGAAGAACAAAGAUAAGAGAGAUAAGAGGAUAAGCUAGCUAGUAGUUACAACAGAAUAUCUCAUGCGCCUAGCUAUCCUUGAGAAGUACUCAACCUCCUGUACGUAUUCUGUACGUGACACAUACGGGACACAAUCAUGUGUUUAACACUCUCCCUUAAUCACAGCUUGGUCGAGUUGAGAUUACGUUUGAAUUCUUCAAAACUCCGUACAGGCAAUGCCUUUGUGAAUCCAUC